CCCGCGUAUUCCCGCGGGCAAUCUGCGAUUCCGGCAGAAGCGGAAACUAUACCGUAUACUGUAACCGCUGAACUCGUUUGAAAAAUAAUUUUGUCCCGGUCGCGGCGCCGUUUCGGCGGAUUUCGAUGUUUUCGCCUGGAAGUAAGAACGCGACACGCGUUUCCGGAUAUUACGCAUCGUAAACGCUAUACGUAUAAACACUUAAAAAAAAAAAAAAAAAAAACGUCAUUCGUAUGCACUAACCGACCGAACGUAUGCCUCCUACGUUAUACUAUAAUACUGUAUAAAGUUUACAUUAUACUUUCGUGUUUGUCCCGGCUACUUACGAUUCCUGUCGGGCCCGCAUUGAAUUUCCGAUCGAUUUAUCCGGACGUGUUACCUCUGGGGGGGUGGUGAACGGAGGCUAUGUUCGGGAACGGGAGUUUGUAAAAAGAUUCUAUGAUGAUAUAAUAAUGUUUAAAAUCGAAUAAUGUCCUAUUGUCGAAUCGGCUUCAUAUCUGCUGCAGACUUACUAAUGGUUAGAACAUUGUCUUUGUUUUCGCGUUGGUUUUUCUCCGAUAUUUUAAAUUUCAAACGAGAUGUACAAAGUCUUUUAAAUUGUUAUACUUCGCUCUCUCGUAUCUUAAUAAAACUUUGAAAAUACCGACGUACAAACACAGAAAUUAUUCUCGUCUUGAAGUUUGCCGAUUCGCUGUUGUUCAAAAACUAACAGCGCGAAAACAAUCGGUUUUGUUGGACGAAAAGUUGAAGUUAUCAAAUGCUCAACAUUAACCGUAGCAUAUAUACCGCCGAUGGCGUGAAGUUUUUUUUUCUUCUAGAAAGUCGUUUCGGUAAAAUAGUAAAAUAAAAACCGCGUAACACAACCCGUAAAACCUGUCGCUAUAAAUUAGUAGUAACUCGGACGUUCCUGUACUUCGGCAUUUUCGUUUACUUAUCCCGUAACGGUUAAAUUCCGCGCCACUUAUACGUAAACCUAUACCGGAAAAUGAAAACUCAAUAAUGAGAUAACUCCAUUUUUUUUUUUUUUUUUCAAAAAUGGAAUUUCGACGGAUUAAAACUAAGAAAAAAAAUUGCGAAUGUAUCUGCAUAAGAACGAGAUAAAUCCGACCAUCCGUAUGGGAGAUAUGAUGCAAAAGAAGUUGUCUGGUAUUUUUUUUUACCCGUUUCUUAGUAUGGAAACAAUUUAUGAAAACAAUGUAAAUAUAAAUUUCUGGUCGAAAAACCAGACAACUCCAUAAAAUUUAGUUUGAUAUUAGCUCUCAUCUCAGAGUAAUUAUGAAUAUCAAAUCAAAUGUUUUUUUACCAUUGUCUAAUGGAUUUUAAAAUAAAUUUUAUCGUAAAUACAAUAUUUCUAAAACUUUUUUUUCCGUCUCCCGGAACAGUUGUGAAAAGUAGAGUUAUCUCGCUGUUGCACAGAUCCCCCCCCCUCAAAUGCUCUCGGGCGACGACGACGAUCGGAAAUGCGAAAUAUUGCGAAACGGCCGUCCGGUACAAAUUGACGGCACUUUUUCUUUUUUUUCUUUCCAGGCCCCUGCACGAAGCUGUAGAAAACGGCGACGUUCAUUUGGUGCGCCUGUUGCUCGGUUACGGGGCCGAUCCCCGUUUGGCCACGUACUCGGGACAAUCGCCGCUGUCCUUGGCCACCGACAGACAGACCCGAAUGCUGCUGGAACAUCACGUCAACGACGUGCAAGGCUUCGGGCCCUCGGCCAUGUGGAAUUUCGACGACACGUCACUGAUACGUAAGCGCGGUUAUAAUAAUAUUUUACAUUCGAUGUUUGCGCGGCAACGGUCACCUCUACGCCCGUACACACGAUGCCGUCCCUGCGCGCCGCGCGUAGUUUAAGGCCGAGCCUUGGCCCCGCUUGUUUUGAAAUCGAGCGCGGGGCCGCUUCGUUUCGGCCCGGAGUUCGGCCGCCAGACCGCGAACGAGUAUGUACCUAAUAAUGUUCGCUUCGUUACAGCGAUAAAAGCCUACGCUAACUAACGCGCAAUUUCGGACGUGAAAAUGGGCCGCGUUAUUAUCGGGGGCCUCUUGAAAUGUAUUUCGCUCCGCCGCGUUUUUCGGACUCGGGGGGCGCCACGGACCCCCCCCCUCCCCAGUAGCUUUGUAGCCGCGCCUCGGCCCGUCGACUGGGAUGCCCGCGGAAAUCGUUAGUUCGGCCCGAAAACGUAAACGCGUUUUAGCGAAUCUCGGCCAUGCCGAUCAUUUGUAUCGUCGCUCGCGACAAACAAUAAUCUUACGUACGAAUGCCGGUUGCGUGUUUGCAGGAGACCACGAAGACGUUGACCGGCUACUGUGGUGUUCGCCUCCGACGGCGCCCGACGACAACAGCGUGUCGUUCGAAUUCGAAUUCUCCGACCAAUCGUUGCCCGACGUCUACAAGAUGCCCGCGGACGCCCCGGACGCCGUGCCCGACGAUUGGGUGCUGUUCGAGUACGUGUCAACGGCACUGUCCGUCGAGUCGGUCGACGCGUUGGCCAAACUGCUGGACGACGAGAACGCCGUGAUCGCCGUGCCGUCGGACCGGUUCAACGAGCGCGUGGUGCCCGCGUUGACUUUGGGCCAGCGGCAGCAGCAGCAGCAGCAGCAGCGGGUCGUUGCCAAAUGUUCCGACGCGAAACCGUUCGUCGCCGCGGAACAGUCGACGCCGAAAGACGCGGCGGCGACGGACGCGGCCGAAGCUCCCGAGGCCGCGGAAGACGGUGCGCCGGCCGCCGGGGCCGCCCCGACCGGCGACCAAAUAAUUUUGGUCCGCUACGACCACAAACUCAAACAGCUGUUGGGCGUGGACGCGUAUACGGUGAGUUGACGCUCACACCAGCAGCAGUAGAGAUGCUUGCACACAGGACGAGUUACCGUGUUUUGUUGGUUUUAUUUUAUUAUUAUUAUUUUUUACUACUAUUUAAGGUUAAAAGCGUAUGAAUAGAAAUUGCCAUCGACUAAAAGAAAAAAAAAAAAAGGAACUUUUAAAACCUUUAAGACCUUUUUUUUUUUUUUUUUUUUUUUUUUUUAAUUAUUAUAAUUUUAUUAAGUUACCCAUUUUAUGUUUUUUUUUUUUUUUUUUUUUUAUAACGGAUUUGAACAAGUUGCCCAGAGAAUUUUUUUCGUAGUUAAUUACAAUUAAAUUGUAUAUAACAACAAUAAACAGAUGCGAUUAGUAUUAUUUUUAACUUUUUUUUUUUUUUGUUACUCUAAAUAAAUUGGUAUACCUCUUUGUUAAUAUUCACAUUAAGUUUUUGAUUGAUGUUUAAUAUUAUUAUUAUUAUUAUUAUUAUUAUUAUUAUUAUUAUUAAAACGUACCUACCUAUAUAUAAUAUUUACAUUUUUAUUUUUAUUUUUUAAAGCUGUUUUGUUUCCAGUCUUUUUCGCGUGCUAAUAUAUAUGUAUCCAUUAUAUAUAAUAUAAAUGUGCAAUUCUAUAAUACAAUUAUUCUAUUAUUAUUAUUAUAUAUUUUUUUUCUCGUAAGCAAAUUAAAGAAUUUAAAAAGCGAAGUGUUCGCUUGUAAUUAAUACAAUUUUUUUAGCUCAUUGUGUUUUUAAAUUAUUACGGUUUAAGAAUAUUUAACGAUAAAUAUUAUAAACUAUAUAUAUAUAUUCUCUAUAUUCUCAUAAUGAACAUUCUUUUUUUUUUUUUUUUUUUUUUUUUUUGGUGUAUUGUGAUGUUUUUUUUUUUUUUAGAUAGGUGUUGUAUACUUGUACUUUGUUGUGUUUAAUUCUUUGCAAAACAAUAUUACGCCUAAAAAAAAUUUAUAAUAUUAUUUGUGUUUCAGCGUGCAUAUAGCAUACGCUAUAUGCCUACACUAUUAUAAAUAUCCAAUUUUGUAUGUAAAAAAAAAAAAAAAAAACAAAAAAAAAACAAAAAACAAAAUCUCGAUGUAUUAUUUUCUAAAAUAUAUAUUUAUGUUUAUAAUAAUAAUUAAGCGAUU